UGCCACUUUUUCAUCGGCAGCUCAGCAGAUGCGACGCGUCGCGGUCGCAGAGAGCAGAACUUCAGUCGAGUUGUUGUUGUUGCGGAUUCUGUGGCGAAUUCUUUUCCCGGUUAUCGUGUUCUUGUUGCUGUUAUUUUUGUAAAGUGUAGUAAAAAGGGGUGUGCGAGUGUGCACUUUCUUGCCGAACUCUUUUGCAUUUUACAUUUUUUGCUACCCCACCCCCCCAGAGCGCGGAUAUUGCGGCACAGGUGGGGGUGGCUGGGCGGUUACAGCCACCAGAAAGCCGCGUUUCGUAUGUGUUUUUAUUAUGGUUUUACAAUGGCAACACAUCGGCUGACGCUGCGUCGCAAUAAACCCACUUCGAUGGCAUCGGCAGCGGUACUAGUUGGAUAUAUAAAAGCAUAAUUGCUAUGAGCCAGCGACUUAAUGCGCAACAGGAACCUGAUGUGUCAACAAUGCGCCAAAAAAUAAAACAUAAAUAAUUAAAUAUAACUUUAUUUUAUAACUAAGCUAAUAAAUGCUUAAAAGUGUCCAUAAAUAAAAACAAUAGUUCAAUUUUAGAAAAAUAUUCAAUAUUUUGUGUAAACUUACAUGGCGUAUGCUUGAUAUUUUUGUGAAUUAAUGUACAAACUGGCGUAUACUUGAUAUUCUUAAAAACUUAAAAGAAAAUAAAGACAAAAUAAAAAACUAAUAUUUAAGAAGUACAAUAAACAAAUAUAAAUUAAAUAAGAAAUAUAUAUUUUUUGAAUAAAUGUAAACUGUUACGUAUACUUAAUAUUUAUCAUCAACACCAAAUAAAAUCCAAAAAUAAAAAGUUUAUAAACAAAUAAUAAAAAAUGUGUUCUAAAAAAGAAAUGCAGUAAAUAAGACAUUUUUUAUUGAAGAAUAAAUACAACUUUAUUGAUCAAACGACAAUUGUUCCUUGGUCCUGCCAUGAAUGCCACCUCGCCAAAGUCAUCUCUGGUCAAGUUGGGCCUUCAUACCAACAAACAAAAGACGCUCAAGGUUAUGGUUUUGGGCCAAAGUGGCGUGGGAAAAACGGCCAUGGUGGUGCGUUUUAUCACACGUCGGUUCAUUGGCGAAUAUGAUCCCAAUUUGGAAAAGAUAUACACCUGCCAGACCACCCUGGACAAGGAGCAAAUUCAAUUUGACAUUCUCGACGCUACCGGCCAUCUACAAGAACUAGAUGGUGUCACUCUCGAGUCCAACAUCCGGUGGGCGGAUGCUUUUAUACUGAUGUACUCCAUUACGGAUAAGUGUUCCUUUGACGAGUGCAGUCGCCUCAAGUUCCUUAUUAAUUACAACAAACGAAGACGCAAGCUGGGCUCUGCCAGUAAAGACUGCACUUUGGAUAUUCCUGUAAUUCUGGUGGGAAAUAAAACAGACCAGCCAGGUGACAGGAUGGUUACCUUGGAGGAGGGUCAGCGCCGUUUCAGGGAAUUGUCCUGCGCCUGUUUCCAUGAGAUUUCAGUCCGAGAGAAUGUGGACCAGGUCCAGAAUGUAUUCCGAGAUGUGUUCCGAUUCUGGCGUGUCUUCAGCAAAUUCCCAAAGCUCAAACGUUCCACCAGCGAUGUGGCCAAUUCGGCGGACGGUAUCCUGACUCCCGAUUCGGGUUCCUGUUCCUUCUAUGAUGCCUCCUCGCUGGGAGCUGGUCGUCGUUCGUUCCUGGUCAUCGGGAGUGCAUGUCUGGAGGAGAGCAGCGGUGACCAUACUGAGUCCACGGAUGAGAUUGCCAGCAGUAGCUUGAGCAGUUCACGCAGCGAUAUCGACGCCCCCUUCCGGAGUCGAGCCUCCACGGAUGGAACCCUCUUGUCCCGACCACGGAGAUGGCGAUAUCCACCGCCGGGAUGCCUCCUGCCGCACACAAAUCGAGUGGAGCGGAGGAUGAGCAUUUCCACCAGGGGCAGCAAUGCCAGCUACUAAUUGGGAUUUAGUCGGGGGUUGACGGGGAAGCCGAGAGAGCUUAGUUAGUCAAUAUGUAGUGACAAAUAUAUAGCUAGAUGUUAUGAUGGACUUAAAAGGGGUUUCACUUAAAGGAUAAUGGAAGGAUAGUAGGGAAAUUGAAAACAACAACUUCUUCAAU